CUGACCGCAGUAAAAGAGGGCAGCCUAGUAGAGGGUUGUGGAGUGCAGUGUCAGCAGAACAACGCGUAGACAGGCUUACUGGCCAGGACUCCGAGCACACGUUCACGUUGUGUGCUUGUGGCGUCUCGUUGAUGUGACAAAUGAAGUGAAGACAAUAUCAGUGAUGGAGGGGGAUUCUGUCACUCUAUGGACUGACGCUACCAAAAUACAGAAGUAUUUAUUAAUACAGUGGAUGUUCAGAAAUAUCCGAAUAGCUGAAUUCGGCAGGCUCACGCAAACCAACUCGACAUAUGAUGGUCCUGAUGGGAGAUUCAGAGGCAGGCUCCAACUGGAUCAGACUGGAUCUCUGACCAUCACAAACACCAGAACCACAGACUCUGGACUUUAUAAAGCAACAGCUAUCAGCAGUGAGACCAGCUACAUGAGUUUCAAUGUUACAGUUUAUGAGACUCCACAAAGUACAACAUCAUCAGAAAGUUCAACAAGCUCAAAUUCUGUGUUGUCCACUUUAACUGUUAACCAGACUGAGGAUAUCAACGUUACUGAACUCCAUCAGCCAAGUUCAGACCACAUCCACUGUUGUGGUUUUACUGAAACUGUGAUACGAUUGGUUGUUUCUGCUCUGGUAAGCGUGGCUGCUGUUGCUUUUCUGGUUUAUGAUAUCACAACUACAACAAGUGAGCUCAGCAAGAUGCAAGACACAAAACAUCACCAUCCAACCCGAAGAGUAAAAUUAGACCAACAUCAGUUGAGCAGAAGAAUCAGUUCCAGAUAUGUUUGCUGAAUGUUGCUGGUAUAAUCCCAAAUGAUAUGGACACAUUUUUCAUUAAUUAGUAAAUUAUUUUAUUGUAUCUGCACAGAACAACAUUUUAACAGAUCUGGUUUAUCCAAAAAUGAAAAUUCCACCAAUGGAUCCUCUGCAGUGAAUGGGUGC